AUGGGUGGCGGUGGCUCUAAACAUGAAGACGAGGCGAGACGUCAAAGAGAGGAGAACGCAAAGCUACAGGCCGAGAUUCAGAAACUAAAGGAAAAACAGCAGAGGUUGAAUGACGAGAAGCGUGACCUUGAAUUGAAGAGCACGAAAGCAGAAAAGGCAGAAAAGGAAGCGGAACUACGAAGAAUAAACGAAGAGCUGGAGCAGACCAAGAAGAACCAGCAGAUGAUGGAGGAUCUUCGCAAGUCCCAGGAGGAGAAGAGAAGGCUGGAAGAAAAAAUUAAGCUGGACAACUUCGCGAGGAAGAUCGAAGAGGCCGCGAGAUCACGAGUUGAGCAAGAAGUGUGGUUGCGACAGGAGGCCGAGAAGAACCUUGAGGAAGGAAUCCCACCAAUUAAAUACCCUACCGGCGACCAAAUCGCGGAAAAGAGAGCAAGUCUUGGAUACCAGGAAGGCUUUCUACACAUUGCUAUCACUGGUUGCUCUGGAUCGGGCAAGUCAUCGUUGAUAAACGCUGUCCGCGGCUUUAAAAACCCCAAAACUGGUUUGGCUGCUUUUACUAGUCUUUCUAAUUUUAAAGACGCAAUCAUCAACACCCUCUCUCCAAAUCUUGCCCAAACUGGAACCAGUGAAACAACCACGAAGAUCCAACGAUACGCCGACCCGCAUCACGCACGAAGAAACCUGGCUUGGUAUGACGUCCCUGGGGCUGGUACAAUCCGUGUGCGAGAUUGGCAGUAUUUCAACGAUCAAGGCUUGUAUAUCUUCGAUAUCAUCAUGAUUGCUGUCGGCGACCGUAUUACCAAGACGGACAUAGACCUUCUAUUCCAUUGCAAGCGAUUCGGCAUUCCCACCUUCUUUGUACGAUCCAAAGCAGAUCAACACAUAAGGAAUGACAUGGCGGAGGACGAUGAGGCCGAUGAGAAUGAAGUUCGUACUGGAUAUAUCGAACUCACCCGCGCCGUGUUCAACAGCAUUUUAACCGACGUCGGGCUACCACCACAAAAGAUUUAUAUUGUUAGUAGAGAUAUUCUUCGAUUGCUCAACGACGGCAAAGGAUCUAAACCAAAAGUCAUUAUCGAUGAAGAGGAGCUCAUUAGAGAUAUUACCGAUACACUUCACAAGUGGUCAGCCCCGGCCCCCGCCGACGCAUAG